AUGAUUAUGUUAGCUCACUACGAUAUUUAUGCGCAUACGGUAACUGAAGACGCCACGGCGACUAAUUCUCGACCGGAAAUUAGCAUUGAUACUGUAUCACCGACGUCAGAUCGGCGAAUGCGCCGGAAUCGUACUGCGUUCAGCGACGAACAACUCGAUCAACUUGAGAAAACGUUUGAACAGUGCCAGUAUCCCGAUAUCGCUCAACGAGAAAGACUGGCCAGACUAACUCAACUGCCUGAGGCUAGAAUUCAGUUUCAGUUCGAAUCCGAAAGCAGCGAUCCAUACUAUUUGAUGACCUCAUAUGUAUGGUUCAAAAAUCGUCGUGCAAAGCAACGAAAACAUCUGAGGAAUCAAAGUGGUGACGAUACGUCUCCACCACCUAUAUCCUCAACACCUACACCCAAGGAAAAUACAAUAUUCACUUGGACGCCCAGUACCGCUUUUGCAAACCUGUUUCCCCCACAAGCGACGUGUUAUGGACAGUAUCCGACGUUUAUGCCAUAUCAGCAAAGCCCUGUGAGUCCUUGUGCUGAGUAA